CUUGAGUCCGACAUACGACAACGCUCGCUACGGCUCACCAUCGUACGGCGCGUCUGGAGUUAGGAGAGGGUCAAUUGGGCUGCUAAAGACACAAUGAGCGCGUUUCGCUGUGCGCGAGCCCUUGGGGCGCCCGCGCGACGCCCAACUACACUAUUCAGAGUCCCACCAUCGCGCUGGUCAACACCGCAGCAAACCCGUACCCUCACACUUCUCACUCCCCGUCGCCCACUUCUUCCCACCUCAUCCUCACCCGUACCAUCUUUCCACCUCCCCGGCUCCGGCUCCUCCCUUCCUGCUACAGCCACCACAUCCGAAUCCGCUCUCGACCUUGCAGGUAAAAUCUCUCAGCAUCCGGCAUUGGGGAGCAUGCAGAUUAGGGCGGGGCCUAGAGAUACGUAUAAUCCGAGUCACUUUGUCAGGAAGAGGCGGCAUGGGUUUCUGUCGAGGUUGAGGACGAAGAAGGGGAGGAAGUUGUUGAUGAGGAGGAUUAAGAAGGGGAGGUGGAAUUUGAGUCAUUAAGGGGUGGAGGAUGGGCUUUAAGCGCGAAGGAAGGGAGGGGAGGGUGGAUAACGGGGAGGUGGGCAGAGGAUGAGGAAAGAGGUUGAAUGGAAUCUACUUGGAAACAAGUUAGAUGAGGGAAAGAAAGCAGAAGAGAAGAGGCAAUCCGUGCCAAAGCUGGAUUAUGCACAGAUGAAUCGCAUAUGUUCAGCACGCGCAUUGAUGGGUAUGUCAAGAGGAACUUGUAACUUUACUGUACAGCGAACCGAAUAUGCAUCUGUAUCACGGAAUCAAGAUGAGCAUUUUUGCCUACUCCGUGUCGAAUAUCUUUACUGUCCCGGUGUCAAGCGGAUGUCCAUUUUGGGGCACAUUUUCUUGAUACUGACAGGUUGGGU